GUGCGCUCGCGCCCCGCCUUUGUCUCCGGGGCUCGCGCCGCCGCAGCCCUGCGCCCGCCGCUCUGGGGGCCGCGGGCCGGGCGCCGGCGGGCGCGGCCUCGGCAUGGACGUGACGGUGUCGGAGCUCAUGGAGCUCUUCCUGCAGAGCCCGCUGGUGACCUGGGUGAAAACUUUUGGGUCUUUCGGAAGCGACCACCAGGACAACCUGAGCCUGUACAUGGACUUAGCGGACGGCAUCGUCUUGAACCAAAUCAUGUUGCAAAUCGACCCCAGGCCCACGAACCCCCGCAUCAACAAGCACGUCAACAACGACGUGACCCUGCGCAUCCAGAACCUGACCAUCCUGGUGAGGAACAUCAAGACCUACUACCAGGUGACCCACAACCAGGAGAACGUGUUUGACCUUCAGUGGCUGGAGCUGCCCGACGUGGCCCCCGAGGAGCUGGAGGCCCUGUCCAGAAACAUGGUGUUUCACCUCCGGAGGCUCAUCGAUGAGCGGGACGAGUGCACCGAGCUGAUCGUGGACCUGACGCAGGAGCGGGAUUACCUGCAGGCGCACCACCCGCCCAGCCCCCUCAAGCUGCCCAGUGCCGAGUCCACGCCCAGCCCCACCAGCAGCCUGUCCAGCGAGGAGAAGCAGCACCUGGCCGUGGAGCUGGCCGACACCAAGGCCAGGCUGCGCCGAGCCCGGCAGGAGCUGGAGGAGAAGACGGAGCAACUCGUGGACACCAGGCACGAGGUGGACCAGCUGGUGCUGGAGCUGCAGAAAAUUAAGCAGGAGAACGUGCAGCUGUCGUCCGAGGCGCGGUCGGCGCGGGCGUACCGGGACGAGCUGGACGCGGCGCGGGAGAAGGCGGCCCGCGUGGAGCGGCUGGAGCUGGAGCUGGGCCGGUGCCGGGAGCGGCUGCGGGACGUGGACUUCUACCGUGCCCGCAUGGAGGAGCUCCGGGAAGACAACAUCAUCCUGAUCGAGACCAAGGCGAUGCUGGAGGAGCAGCUGACAGUGGCCCGGGCCCGAGGCGACAAGGUCCACGAGCUGGAGAAGGACAACCUGCAGCUCAAGUCCAAGCUGCACGACCUGGAGCUGGACCGGGACUCGGACAAGAAGCGCAUCGAGGACCUGGUGGAGGAGAACAUGGUGCUGGAGAUGGCCCAGAAGCAGAGCAUGAACGAGUCGGCGCACCUGGGCUGGGAGCUGGAGCAGCUGUCCCGGAGUGCAGACCUGUCCGAUGCGUCCAGGAAGUCGUUCGUGUUCGAGCUGAACGAGUGCGCGUCCAGCCGCAUCCUGCGGCUGGAGAAGGAGAACCAGGCCCUGCAGAGCACCGUGCGGGGGCUGCGGGACGCCGCGCUGGCCCUGGAGGAGAACAGCCUCAAGUGCGGGGAGCUGGAGAAGGACAACCAGCAGCUCAGCAAGAAGGUGGAGAAGCUGCAGAACCAGCUGGAGAGGGAGAAGCAGAGCAACCAGGACCUGGAGACGCUCAGCGAGGAGCUCAUCAGGGAGAAGGAGCAGCUGCAGAGCGGCCUGGAGGCCCUCAGGGCCGAGCGCGCCCGGCAGGUCAAGGACCUGGAGCAGGAGAAGGACCAGCUCAACCAGGCAGUGUGGACGCUGCGGGAGCGGAGUCAGGGGGCCGCCCAGGACGGGGAGAAGGAGAAGGAGGCCAAGGCCCUACAGCAGGCGCUGCUGACGGCUCGCAGCCAGCUGGGGCGGCUGGAGGACGAGAAGCAGCUGCUCCAGGAGGAGCUGGCGCAGGAGAAGGAGAAGGGCGAGCGGGCGGGCGCGCUGGAGGCGCAGCUUCGGCGGCUGGAGGCGGAGAAGGCGGCGCUGGCGGCCGAGGCCAGCUCCCUGCGCGCGGGCUCGGAGCGGGCGGCCUCGCUGGAGCAGGAGAGCCGGGGCCUGGCGCUGGAGAACCGGCAGCUGCGCAAGUCGCUGGACACGCUGCAGAACGUGUCGGUGCAGCUGCAGGAGCUGGAGCGAGCCCACAAGCAGCAGGACGGCGAGAACGCGGAGCUGCGGCAGAUGGUGGAGAGCCUGCGCUUCGCGGGCGCGCAGGUGGCGCGCAUGGAGCGGGAGAACCAGGAGCUGGCGCGGGAGCGGGACGGGCUGCGGCAGAGUGUGGAGCGGCUCAAGGCGCGCAGCCGCGAGGCCGAGCACCUGCAGCGCGGCCUGGAGGAUGCGCGCGCCGAGAACCUGCGGCUGCAGCAGGGCCUGGACGCGGGCGCGCACCGGGUGCAGGAGCUCGAGCGCCAGCUGCGCGAGCGGGACGCGGAGACGCAGGUGCUGCGGCCGGCGCAGCAGCAGCUGGCGCGGGCCGACGCGGAGCGCCUGGCGCUGGAGCAGGAGGUGGCCCAGCUGGAGAAGGACAAGAAGCUGCUGGAGAAGGAGAACCGGCGGCUGUGGCAGCAGGUGGAGCUCAAGGACGCCGUGCUGGACGACAGCGCCGCCAAGCUGUCCGCCGCCGAGCGGGACUGCCGCGCCCUGGACAAGGAGCUGGCCCGCUGCCGGGACGCCGCCGACAGGCUCCGGGAGCUGGAGCAGGACAACCGGACCCUCAGCCAGCAGGUCACUGUCCACAGCCGGACGCUGGCGACGCUGAGGGAGGACCUGGUGCAGGAGAAGCUGCGCAGCCAGCAGCUGAGCGGCGAGCUGGACACGCUGAUGCAGGAGCUGGACAAGCCCGGCCGCAGCGCCAGGGAGGAGUGGGCACCGCGCGACACGAACUGCCAGGCUCCGGAGGUCCAAAAUGAGUCGACGAUGAACAGCACGCUGGCCGGGAGAGAGGAGAAGAUCGUGUCCCUGGAGGCCCAGGUGGAGGAGAAGGUCAGCCUGAACCAGCAGCUCGAGAGCGAGCUACAGGCGGUGCGGAAGGAGUGCCAGCUGCUGCGGCAGCACUGGGAGGAGGGCGCGGGCGCGGCCGCGCACCAGGAGGCCACCAUGGAGUUGCUGCGCGUGAAGGACCGGGUCAUCGAGCUGGAGCGCAGCAACGCGGCGCUGCAGGCGGAGAGGCAGCUGCUGAAGGAGCAGGCGCAGCAGCGGGAGACGCAGGGCGCGGCGCUGAGCGCGCAGAUGCGCGCGCUGCAGGAGCACAACGCGGCGCUGCAGACGCAGACGGCGCAGCUUCAGGUGGAGAACUCCACCCUGAGCUCGCAGAGCACCGCGCUGGCCGCCCAGUACGCGCUGCUGCAGAGCCAGCAGGCGGCGCGGGAGACGCAGGCGGAGGCCGAGCAGAGGCAGCAGGAGCGGCUGGCGGCCGCCCACGAGGCGCUGCAGCAGGACCACGAGCACCUGGGCGCCCUGCACGAGCGCCAGUCGGCCGAGUACGAGGCGCUCAUCCGCCAGCACAGCUGCCUCAAGGCGCUGCACCGCAGCCUGGAGCUGGAGCACAGGGAGCUGCGGGACAGGCACGGGGCGGCCCUGAAGCACGAGGCCCGGCUGGAGGAGCUGGAGGCGGCGCUGCAGCAGGAACAGCAGAGCGGGGCGGCCGCCGCGGGCGAGAACCAGAGGCUGCGGGCGGAGCUGGACCGGGUCAGCAGCCUGCACCAGCAGCUGCAGGGGGAGCACGAGGAGCUGCGGGCGCACACCAAGGAGCUCAAGACGGCCCUGAACACGUCGCAGCUGGAGCUGAACCGCUGGCAGGCGCGCUUCGACCAGCUCAAGGAGCAGCACCAGAGCAUGGACCUCUCCCUGACCAAGAUGGACACCCACUGCGAGCUGCUCUCCCGGCUCAAGGGGAACUUAGAAGAGGAGAACCAUCACCUCCUGAGCCAGAUCCAGCUGCUGAGCCAGCAGAACCAGAUGCUUCUGGAGCAGAACCUGGAGAGCAAGGAGCAGUACCACGAGGAGCAGAAGCAGUACAUAGACAAGCUCAACGCCUUACGGAGACACAAGGAAAAACUGGAAGAAAAAAUCAUGGAUCAGUACAAGUUCUACGACCCCUCUCCCAAAAAGAAGAACCACUGGAUCGGGGCCAAAGCCUUAGUCAAGCUCAUCAAACCAAAGAAGGAAGGGCCGAGGGAGCGCGCCAAGCUGCCCUCCGACGGCAGCGCCCCCUCCCCGCUGGAGUCCCCCGACCUCACCUCCCCGUGUGGCCCGCAGUCGCCCAGGGCACAGCUGGAGGCCGCCGAGAGCCCCACCAGCCCGAGCUGCGCCGAAGAACGGAACCCCCAGAGCAGGGCAGUGUGGAAAGGCCCCGGGGACCCAAGGCCCAAGCGGGCUUCCCCGCACAGCGCCAGCCUGGACCGCGCCGAGGUCCCCGCCGAGCUGGCCACGCGGACCUGGCCCGUGGGCCCCGGCUCCCGGAGCUGUCCCGCCUCCACCACCACCUCGCCCCCCUCCGGCUGCGCCCCCGGCUCCCGGCAGCCGGGCCGCCCCCAAGGCUCUAACUCAGACGACAGCCUGUGCGAGCCGUCGUUGGAGCUGGAGUUUGUCAACCACAGGCACUUGGGUUCCGCUGAGCCGCCCCACGGCAGGUCCAGGUCCGAGAGCUUCAGCAGCGAAGACCUGAUCCCCAGCAGGGACACCAGCACCCCGGCCAGGCUCGCCCGAGGCCGCCCCCAGCCGCCCCAGACCUGGAACGGGCCCCCCGCCCCUGACGGCCUGCAGAAGAGGGGCCCAGCUCGGGCCUCGCCCAGCAGCGAGAUGGUCACCCUGGAGGAGUUCCUGGAGGAGAGCAACCGAGCGGCCCCCACCCUGGACACCCCCAACUGCCAGGAGGACCUGCUCAGCGACUACUUCCGGAAGGCUCACAACGGCCCGGCCCCGGGAGGCCAGCUGGGCCCUGCGGCCCGGAAGGAAGGGGCCAAGAUGCCCACCAGCCUGGUGGCCCCCACCCCCAAGGUCCCCGCCGGCCCCUCGGAGGGGAGGCCGCAGAAGCCGGGGCAGUACGUGAAGCCAAACUUCCGGCCCCCGGAGGCCGAGGUGCCGCCCUCUGCCCCCUCCAGGCCGGCUCAGCACCCCCAGAGCUUGUCCCUGGGCCGGGCCCGGCCGACCCCCAGGCCCCAGGCCGCGGUGGCAGCCGGCCGGAGCGCGUCCCUGAGCCGGGCCUUCAGCCUGGCCUCGGCCGACCUCCUCCGGGCCCUGGGGCCCGAGGCCGGCAAGCAGGAGCCGCCCCAGAAGUUGGAGGGUCCCACAGCCCCUGCGGGGGGCAGGGACGCCGGAGCCCACAGCCUGGCCCGGGAGCGGACCCCCCUGCCCGGGAAGGCCGCGGGCGUGUGCCAGAGCCCCCGCAGCCGCCCGCUGGACACGCGGCGCUUCUCUCUGGCGCCCCCCAAGGAGGAGCGCCUGGCCCCCCUGCCACCUUCGGCCACGGCCCCCGCCCUCGCCACCUCGUACCAGCCCCUCUCGCCCACAGCCGCCCCGGUCACCAGGACUCGGCCCCCCACGACCCCGCACUCGGGGGACGUUGCUGCCGUGGCCCCGGUGCGGGCAGGGCCCAGCCCGGCAGAGGCGGACAGGGGCCCCAGCGAGGGGCCCCCCGCCAAGAGCCCAGGGCGGGCCGCGCCCCCCGAGGACCUGGGUCGUGGGGGCAGCUCCCGGAGCAUCCCCGCGUCCCCGGAGCCGGGCGGGGACCCCCAGACUGUGUGGUAUGAGUACGGCUGCGUGUGAGGGGCCCCGGGACCCCCGUCCUGCUGAUGAGAACACUGUGCCAAGUGGGGGAACCCCGCCCGCCCGGCGGGGGGUGCAAGCUGCGGCGAGACCGCGGGGACGCCCGGGGACAGGUGUCACCCUGCCCUCCCGCGGGCGUGGGGCACUCUGGGUUCUGGACGCUCCGCUCCCGUCCCAGGGUCUCUGAUCCCCCCCCCGCCACGCCCGAUGGACCAGGAACCCCUCGGGGAGGGGGCGUGCGCCUGGGUCCCAGCACUUUCCUCUGUCCCUGCUCGCCCUAAUUCUCUGCUAUUUUAACACUGGAUCCCCCCGGCUGGAGGGGGGUGCUGCCAAGGGGUGUCGCCCCCUUGUGGCGGGUGUCCGUCCUGUGCCGAGUGCCCGCAGCUGCCCGAGGGGGUGGGUGGAGGACCCCCAAAUAUUCCCAUUGGCCGCCGCGUCGGACCUGCCCUGAGGCAGAAGAUGUUUAUUUCCCAAACGCCCCCUUGGGGCAGGACCCAAGUUCCCCUGGAGACCCGCAGGGAGGAGGCCUGCUGAUGCCCCUCAGGGACCCCUCACCCCCAAACUGAGCCUGCUGGUGCCUGCAGGGCCCCCCCCAACCGAGCCUACUGAUGGGGGGGCCGGGAACCAAGCCUGCUGUCGAGAGGGGGGGGUCUGCCGGUGCCCCCAGGGAGCCCCGCCCCCCAAUACCGAGCCGACUGCGCAGGUGCGGGUCUGAUUCCGGCACCUUCUGUCUCGGCUCCGUCAAGGUGCUCGGCCAGGACGUCUCAGCCUGGCCACGUGGCUCGCGAGAUUUGCUCCCGCCUGUGCCCACCCCGGCCUGACCGGCAGGGAGGGGAGGCUGGGGGGGGGGGUCUGCAUCAGGGCCGCGGGUCCCUGUGCUUCGGGUCGCGGUUCCUUCUGGAACGAGGAUGGGGUCUGAAUAAAGCAAGAAGGAACCAGCGCAAGUCCGGGUUUCUGUCCCCACCCGUCGGGCCGGCGCCCGGCAGUGCCGGGGUGCUCAGGGGGCGACCCCCAGGGUCAGCCGGACGCAGGCUUGGCGUCGGGUCCCCCGAGCACCCCAGGGAGCGGUGCCCUGCCCACACUCCGCCGGAACCCCCCAGAGACGGCCCCGCUCAUCCUUUCCUGCUUGCCCGGACCCCUGGCCCCACUCUCUGAGCCAGCUCCAGUGUCACCAGCAGCUGGCCGCGAGGCAGGCCUGUCCCCCCGCCCCCCACCCCCCCUUCCCUGCUCUCCCCCACGUGGGUUCAGCUAGGAGGCCCUGCCUGGGUGACCCCAGGGCUUUCGCCCCAGGUGACCUUCCUCUCUGAAGGUUCCCCUCGCCAGCCACACCCUCCCUUGGUGGACUCUGUCCCUUCUGGGGUUACCUCAAGGCACGCCCCGCCCCUGUGCCCCAACAAGCACCUACAUAUCCAUAAGCCUCAAUCACCGUCUAAUGGGGGCCCAAGCGUGCGACCCCAGCCCCCAGGUCAGCUGUCCCAAAGACACCCCCAGCUGCACACGCUGGUCCCCAGCCCCGCCAAGCCUGUCCUGGGCCUGAUCUCUGACCCUUAGGGCCAGCUGCUGUAGGACCCCCAAGCCCCGCCUUUGACCACGCCCUGUCCCCUCCCCCCUACUUCAAGCAGGGCUGCGGACAGCUGGUCCUGGGCCAGCUGCUGGGACAACAUGCGGAUUCCGCCCGCGGGGGGGUCCUGGGGUCCCACUGAAUGUUUUGGUUUGGGGGCCAUGUCCAGCGGCGCUCGGGGGCUACUCCUGGCUCUGCGCUCAGGCAUCACUCGGCCGGCCGGGGGUCAAACCCCCUAAAGCGGCAUUCAUCAAGUUCAGACACUCGAGACCAGCAUUCCGCGACCAGGGGCCAUAGGGUUCCCCUGGAUAUUCUCAGGGGCCACGGCGGAAAUCACAAACGGGGGUUGGGGGCAUAGCAC